AAUCCACCGCAUGAUGAACGUAAACAAACUAAACGCGUUGUAAAAUGCUUGAAAAGUUUUAAAAUUGUUUUAAAAUUUUCUGUUUUUUUGCAAAGCCUAUUAAGUAAGAAUUAUUAAAAAUGCUACGAAGGUUACUAGUGGCACGAAGUGCACUAUGUUCGUCAGUGAAACUAUUAAACGCAGCUCCAGUACGAAACACGCCUAGUCAAAGUAUAACACCAAUCGAUGUGUUCUGGCGCAGAAGUUACGCAAAUUUGCCGAACAACCAGGAAUCCCAUCCUAUAGCUGCUGAGGAGCAGCCUGAAGGAGACCAAAACGGGCCAUCGAUCGACGUGGACAAGAAACGCAAGAUUCUGGAGCUGGAGAUGGAAGUGAUGCGCCAGGAGGGUCGCAAAGUCCCGACGCCGGCGAAAAUCAAGGAAGAGAACUGGAACCAUUUGCUGCAACUGCGGUCCCGGAAUCAGCGCCGACAGUACUAUCUGUACCUGUGGAACACCGAAAUGGUGAAGGAGAGUCAGCGAAUUAAGAAGGAGCAGAGGCGAGUUGAAAUCGCCAAGCGGAAGGAAGAACUGACACAGGAGAAUGCGGAAAAUGACCACCUGAUUUAUGGACUGUUUCACAAUACGAUGUUCCUGCGGGUGUACGAAUCGACGAUGGACCAUUGGCAUAAUAAUAAAUUAAUUCAAGCGAUGCAGUUCGGACAAAAUCUGGUGAUUGAUUGCUCCUACGAUGAUUACAUGAAUGAUAAGGAGAUGCGCAAUACUGCCAAACAGCUGACGCUCUGCUUCGCCUUGAACCGAAUGCACAAUGAGCCAUUCAAUGUUCACCACUGCAAUGCAAAUUUCCAGAAAACCACCAUGAAGAAUUUGCAGAAAAGCUUAGUGCAAAUCCACGACACCGCCUUUCCGUUCAACAUUACCGAGAAGAGCUACCUGGAUUUGUUUCCUAAAGAGAAGCUGGUGUAUUUGACGCCCCACUGCAAGAAUGACCUGGAAGAGUUCAAUCCGGACGAUAUCUACAUUGUGGGUGCCAUGGUGGACAAAUCUUCCCAGGAGGCAGUCUCGCUGGGGAAGGCCAAGAAACAGGGUUUGCGGAUGGCGCGGUUGCCACUGGAUAGGUACUUCCAGUUCAAAAGCGGCAAAUCGUUGACCAUCGACCAGAUGCUGCAGAUUUUGCUGGAACUGAAAACGUCGAAUAAUUUUGAAAAGGCGCUCCGGCACGUUCCUAGGCGGAAAAUUGUGCCCAUGGACGAACAGCAGUUAGAGCUCCAAAAGCGACUCAAAGAGAAGAACCAGCUGAACAAGUUUAAAUUUAGUAUGGGUAAAUUUUCGGAUCGAAAAUAUAAGAAGCGAUGAGGAGGUUUGGAGCACAGAGUGGGUCAUGUUGUAUUUAGGAUGCUAAAACUGUAAUAAAAUAGUUGGUUUAGACUACAUAGAA